AUGUCCACACAAAGCUCAGCAUCGUCUCCACAUCUUCAUCGUUCUCCAUCGGUACAGCCUGAGGUGAAGGAAAAGAUGUCGGAUGAGAAAGAGUUAACCAGACAUGAGCGUUAUGUGAAAGUUGUUGCGGCUGUCUCUGCAUACUGGGUUUGUUCUAUCGGUCUAGUAUUUCUUAACAAAUAUCUACUAAGCAGCGAUGACCUAAAGCUUAAUGCACCCCUCUUCGUGACAUGGUAUCAAUGUGUAGUGACAGUUGUGCUAUGUUUUUCAUUAUCAUUUAUUUCGAAAACUUUUCCUAAUAUUGUUAAUUUUCCUCGCAUGACCUUGGAUGCGAAGAUCAGCCGAGAGGUGCUACCUCUCUCCGUAGUCUUCGUUGGCAUGAUCUCUUUCAAUAAUCUAUGCCUUAAAUAUGUAGGCGUCUCUUUCUAUUAUGUCGGAAGAUGUUUAACAACUGUCUUCAAUGUGAUAUGCACAUAUUUGAUUCUGGGCCAAAAGACUUCUGCACGUGCGAUAGGUUGUUGUUUUGUCAUCAUUGCUGGGUUUCUUCUGGGAGUUGAUCAAGAAGAUGCGUCAGGCUCUCUUUCUGUGAUUGGUGUCGUGUUUGGAGUAUUAGCUUCACUUUGCGUUGCACUAAAUGCUAUCUAUACCCAAAGUACGCUUCCGAUAGUUGGUGACUCAAUCUGGCGAUUGACUAUGUACAAUAAUCUCAAUGCAAUGGUUCUCUUCCUGCCGCUAAUGCUAUUUUCUGGGGAACUGGGCGAAGUAAUGUUCUUUCCGAGACUAUUCAAUGUAACUUUCUGGAUGUGGAUGUCAUUGUCUGGGAUUUUUGGUUUCAUGAUGGGAUACGUGACUGGGUGGCAGAUCCAGGCAACCUCAGCCUUAACCCACAACAUAUCGGGAACGGCUAAAGCUGCUGCUCAAACGGUCAUGGCUGUCAUAUAUUUUUCAGAAAUCAAAACUUUUAUGUGGUGGGCGAGCAAUGUCAUCGUGUUAUUCGGUUCAGCUGCCUACACUUAUGUUAAGAAACAAGAAAUGGAUAAGAAGACGGAUCUCAUGAAAUCAUCCGAUCGUCGGCCGUUAAUGAGCACAAAAGUGGAAGAGGAUAGAGAACUUGUGUAA